AGAGUUGCUUUCCCUUUGUUGACAGAGGGCGCUGUUCGCAAAAUGUCGGGUCCACUCGUGAAUAAUUUUGAAGUCCCGUCUUGGGCAGGAAAGCCAGCCCCAGGUCUUCACUUAGACGUUAUGAAGGACGGAAAACUCAUACAGAAAUUAAUGAUUGAUGAGAAAAAGUGUUAUUUUUUUGGGCGUAACAAACAGAUGUGUGACUUCUGUAUUGACCAUGCCUCAUGUUCUAGAGUGCACGCAGCUCUUAUAUGGCACAGACAUUUAUCUAGACCUUUCCUUAUAGACCUGGGGAGCACACAUGGUACUUACAUUGGACAUAUUCGAUUGGAGUCGCGGAAGCCUCAGCAGAUCCCUAUAGACAGUGAGCUACACUUUGGGGCAUCCACACGCAUAUACACUAUCAGGGAACGACCCCAAAACAUUGGACAAGGGGAUGAGCCUGAAAAACAAGGCGAGAAAGAAGGAAAUCUUCUUGGCCUGCCAGAAAAUGAAACAGAAUUAGAUAAUCUGACAGAGUUUAACACAGCCCAUAACCGACGCAGUAUGCCACUCACAGAAAACAAAGAAGCUUCAAAUCCUUUGAAGAGAAAGCAUAAAAGUGUUCAUAUUUCAUUUUCUGAGGAUGAUGAAAUUAUAAAUCCAGAGGAUGUGGAUCCAUCUAUUGGGAAGUUCAGAAAUCUUGUAUCAACACAUGUAAUAGCCACAAAGCGGCCAAAAAUAGAGCAUGGGUUACAGCAAGGUUCAAUGACAGACAACAUUACAAAACGUUUACAAAGUUUCUCAUAUUCUCAAAGUUUAUAUGACAAUGUGCCGGGAUCUGGAUUAACAGCAGCUAGUUCAUUCAGUAUGGCAGCAAAACUUGGGGUGCCAUUACCAAACCUGGCACCAGAUGUCAAUGAAGAAAUUGUGGUUCCACAAAUAAAUCCUAUGCCAUCAGUGACUAUGACAGCAGAAGACAUUUCAAAGGAACCAAAGAAAAAGAAAUAUGCAAAAGAAGCAUGGCCAGGAAAGAAACCUACACAUUCAUUUCUUGUAUGAUAUUUACAAUGUUGUGUUUGUGAUUUUAUAAUUUUUACAGUUUAUACAUAUGGAAGGCAGGAGCGUUACCUCCUUUUUGAGGAGAAUGAGACAUAAGAUAGCAUGCCAACAUUUCCAGAGGUGACAAGAAUGCACUGUUGACAUGUUGCUCUGCUUAUAGCUAAAUAUUGCUGUAAAGAAAGGUGAAGGCUGUACUUAGAAUUGGGAAAGUUAACAACUGUAAGAUAUUUGAGCUACACUUUCCCGAUUAAGUAGAUUGUCAGAUUUUGGUCUUCUAAUGUUUUGGUGAAGUUGCAAUAUUGCUCAUUGAGAGAAUAAGUGAUAUCCUGAAUAAAGAGCUCUUCUUGAGUGUACAAAAUGAGUUGUUCAGUUGAUAACAUUAGUGUGUAUCAUAAGAAAUUUAUACAUUAUUCCUAGUAUGUGUUAAUAGAAGCCUGUAUCUUUCCAAGAAGUAAUGUGAUUCUUAUGCUGCCCGAAGGGUGACCUGAUAGUGAUCGCUCUGUCUGUCUGUCUGUCUGUCACACUUUCCUGGUUGGGAGCAUAACUUCAAAACUUCUGAAAUGUUGCAGUGAAACUUUAAAUAGAAGCAGAUAGGGAACAGUAAGAGGAAUUGCAGAGAGCAAGAAUGAACUUCUGUCACAAAUAAUUUCUGUAAUUUAAAUUUUCAAAUGUUUGCACCAUCUUAGCAACUAUUGAUAGGAAUUGAAAUAAACUGCAGCUGUGGUACAUGGAAAAGAAAGUCAGUGCUGAACUAUUCUUUUUGAAAGUUGUAAAAUAAUGGAUCCUCAAGUCCCUAGAAGUCAGUUGACAUUCCACCAUUGAGCUUAUGAAUAAUCUCUGAAUUAUGUCUCCCCCAUAGAUGGGGGGAGACAUAUUGUUUUUGCCUUCGCCGUCUGUCUGCAUUAAGCUUGUCCGGCUUUCACAGGUCAAACUGCUGGCCAGAUUUUGACGAAACUUCGCAGGAGUGAUCAGUACCAAGCCUAGUUAUGCAUUUUGCCGGCACAUUCAGCCUCGCUGCACAAAAUGGCCGCAAGAGCUAAAAAUAGGAAAAUCUUGUCCAGCUUUCCCAGGUCAAACUGCUGGCUUGAUUUCGACGAAACUUCACAGGAGUGAUCAGUACCAAGCCUAGUUGUGCAUAUCGCCCACACGUUCCGCUGCGCUGCACAAAAUGGCGACCAGAACUAAAGGUAUACAUAGGGGGAGACAUGUUUUUGUGACAAAAUCACCUAGUUAAACACUACAUUUAAUGUACGUAGCUUUUUGGGAAUACAUGUAUAUGGGAUUACUCAUUAAGAAUUUUACUGUAAAGAUAAACCAGGACAUGGAUUAACGAAUAUUGUCAGCCUACUGAAACUGUUAAACCCUCAAAAAGUUAUUUUAUAUUGUACUAAAUGAAGUUUAUGUACUGAAGUUUAGGUAGGCAACUAGAAAUGUUUACUUUCUGGUGUGUAUUGGAAGGAAAUUACAUGUAUUUGCACAUCAUUUUCCACCAGUAGGUUUGUACUUGAGAACAAGAAACUACGGCAGCUUUUGAGGUAGAAAUUUUAAGUAAACCAUCUAGUCUCAUUCAUAUACUACAUUUUAAAUUGCACUAUCAUGCUAUUUUGAAUGGUAAGAAACCUUUGGUCAACAUUGUAAUUAAAGCCACUUCGUCACAGUUGCAGUGAAAAAUUUGAAAAUCUGUUUAUAUAUCAUACAAAGUCCAUAUCUUACCGGUUCAUUUUGUUUGUCUUUCUAAGUGCCAUGGAAUACUUUUCUGACAUCUCUUUUUUUUAGCUCAAUUAUUCGAAGAAUAGAUAGAACUGUUGGACUCACCCAUUCAUCAACAUUGAUUAGUGUCUGCAUAGGCAUCUGGAUUUUGUAUGUAAGCUAGUUUCUCAGUCCCCACGGAUGAGAAUAAAUUGAAACUUCACACACUUGUUCACUAUGAUGAUCUGGCUUGAAAUGCACAGUUUCCAUAACUCAACAUUGAAUUUUUACGAAAUUAUGCCCGUUUUUUGACUUGCCAAUUUUUUAAGUUUUUCUAUGUCAGCUAGUAUCUCAGUACCUACAAAUGGGAAAGGAUUGAAACUUAACACACAUAUCUACUGUGAUGAACUUACUGACAUAUACUUUAAAGGUUUCAUAACUCUGCUUUGUUUUUUUACAAAAUUAUGCCAUUUUUUUAAACUAUAAUAUUCAUUUAAUUGACAAGGCUAUUGAAUAGUUGAACGUUUCUGUCCUUGACAGCUCUUGUUGUACUUCAUGGCAGCAUUUGAUAAAAAUCUGCCCAUCAGUGUUUACAGCAAAGGUCACUUCUCUCCCAAAAAAUGUUGAGUGACCUGUUUUUUUUUUUUUAAAAACAUGAGAAAAGUAAGUUCUUUGUCAUGUAAAGGUUACUGAUGUCUUCAGACACAUUUUUGUUGUUAAAGAAAUAAUGAUAAGUGAGAAAGUCUAUGAAAAUACAAUAAUUCUAUUGACUUUUCUCCUACAUUGGUUGGAGAAAUGCAAGAUUAUAUACAACCUAUUGUGUUCAGUUCAAAAAGCAUUUAGGGCUCAAAUGCUGGUAUGUGGCAAAUGAUAUGAAGUAUGGAACCUUAAUCUUAUUACCACCAGUAAAGUUUGUGUUUAUCAGUCACCAUAUAUUUUUUAGCAGAUAUUUUUGUUCCUCACUUAAUUUUUUUUUUAUUUGUGUAUUCUUAAUAAUUAUGUUCUCACUAUGCGUUAUCAUCAAUGUUAUAUGGUUUGUUUUUUAGCUGAUGGUGAGUUUUUAGGAUCAUUGGGUAGAAGACGUCAGUCACCCACAAUUUAUUUAAAAAACAUGUCCUCCUAAACCACCAAGUCAGUUUCAACCAGACCACUUCCUUGGGUUGUACGCUUUCAUAUUUCUUCAGUCAUCCAUGCAGAAUUCUUGUUGCUGUGGCAACCAGUGGGAAAAACUUUUUAAAAAUUUCAGAAACCACUGGCAUGAUUCCAAAAUAUUUUUUCACAGCAGCAAGCCAUAUUGAUUUGUUAAAUGAACAUGUUUUAGAAAGGCAGGCUAUUUUAUUCUGUAUAGGUGCAUUGUAUAUGGAAAAAUCUUGUCUGAAACUGCUGACUCAGUUUCAAAAUAAUUUCAUAGCAAUGUGUCUCGGAUGACCCUCUACCCAGUUACCUCAAGCCAUGGUGAAUUGUUAAAAAAAGAAACAUAGCCACAAGGGGGAAGGUUAUUUUUCUCUAUAUAGCUGUGUGUAAAGCCUAGUUUUAAAAAAAAUCAGACGAAUGUGCCUUUUAUCAAUUUCUUCCAUAUCAUUCUGCUGUGGUGUAAAAUUUAAAAACCUUGUCUGAAAUCAUUAGCCAGAUUUCAAAAUAAUUUCACAUAUUGUCCAUUUGCGACCCACCAAAAUAAUUGUUCAAGCACGCUAUAAAACUCGGGUGAACAAUCUAGGACCAUCUUAUUUACAUAGCUGUUAAAAUAUCGAUAUCUUUCAACUGGAAUUUUAUCAAGUCGUAUAUUUAUUUUUUCUGUAUGACAGUACACAGUUCUUUUUAAUUACGCCAAUUUGUAUUUGUUUAAUUCAAGAUAUACCUAGAAAGAGGACAAAACUCUGGAAUGGGUCAUAAAUACAUGAUGAUAUUUUUAUGCCCCCGAAGGGAGGCAUAUAGUUUUUGAACCGUCUGUCUGUCUGUCGGUCUGUCAGUCUGUCAGUCUGUCCGCAAUUUUCGUGUCCGGUCCAUAUCUUUGUCAUCGAUGGAUGGAUUUUCAAAUAACUUGGCAUGAAUGUGUACCACAGUAAAACGACGUGCAGUGCGCAAGACCCAGGUCCGUAGCUCAAAGGUCAAGGUCACACUUAGACGUUAAAGGAUAGUGCAUUGAUGGGCGUGUCCAGUCCAUAUCUUUGUCAUCGAUGGAUGGAUUUUCAAAUAACUUGGCAUGAAUAUGUACCACAGUAAGACGACGUGCAGUGCGCAAGACCCAGGUCCGUAGCUCAAAGGUCAAGGUCACACUUAGACGUUAAAGGAUAGUGCAUUGAUGGGCGUGUCCGGUCCAUAUCUUUGUCAUCGAUGGAUGGAUUUUCAAAUAACUUGGCAUGAAUGUGUACCACAGUAAGAUGACGUGCAGUGCGCAAGACCCAGGUCCGUAGCUCAAAGGUCAAGGUCAAACUUAGACGUUAAAGAUCAUUUUUCAUGAUAGUGCAUUGAUGGGCAUGUCCGGUCCAUAUCUUUGUCAUUCAUGCAUGGAUUUUAAAAUAACCAUGCAUGAAUUUGUGACACGGUAAGACGAUAUGUCGCACGCAAGACCCAGCUCCGUAGAUCAAAGGUCCUAAACUCUAACAUCGGCCAUAACUAUUCAUUCAAAGUGCCAUCGGGGGCAUGUCAUCCUACGGAGACAGCUCUUGUUGAACUUGGAAUGCACAUCUGUAAUUUUUAUCAGGAAUCAUUGAGUGUUUUCAAAGUACUUUGAUGCAUCAAGAUGUUCAUAAUUAUGGAAUGCAAUUGUUUACAAUUACGAAAUUGAAAUUAAAUAUCUUUUAUGUGUGAAA